AUGACGCUACACUACAGCCAGAGAUCUUUGGUUGUUCUAUUUCUGCUGGGGAUCUUAUCGGCCAUCAUGACGGGUUUGUCGGUGAUUUUAAUUUUUCAGCUGCAGUCUCAGCAGGCGACGGUGAAGGGGUCUCCCGCCUCCUCCUCGCUCUUUCCCGCUCACGUCCGAGCCGUUGUGCUGCCGGUGUGCACGGUGCUCGCUGCUCUGUCCUUCACCCUGCACCUGAGCUCCGUGCUCGUGUGUCUCCUCCACGGCUACAUUUCCACCGAAGUCUGCCGAGGAGAGCAGGACACCGAGAGAGCUGAUUGUUUCCUUUUGGAGAGCAGAGGUGUCCGACAUGUGGCCAUUGGUCUAUUCUGCCUUGGGGUCUCCGUCUACUUGGCAGCAAUGUCCAUCUUUAUGCUCCUGAUAUUGGAGACGGAGACAGGUAUUGCCUGUGCUGGCAUUCUCUCAUCUGGAAUACUGAUUCUGCUGGUGACCGUGAUACACUCCCUGAUCAAAGCCUCUCAAACUGCUAAAUGCUAUCAGAGCGACUGGGUCAACACCCUCUAUCAAAAUGAGCAUGGAAGCAGCAGCACGCCCAUCUCUCGGCACUGCGAGCUAAGAGUUGGUGUGGACAAGCCGCGGAUUCACCGCAGCCAGUCUCAUCUCCAGCCACCGAUUUCCUAUACUCCAUGUGGCAAUAUAAGGCAGCAGUACUCCCCUGCUGAAGGUUCGCUGGGCCACUCUGCUGAUAAAGAUGCUUACAAUGGUAGUGGGAGCCGUCCUCAAAUACACAGGACACUGUCCACUGAAUCAGGCCUACUACAAGCCCGGGGUCAACCCUGGAAUGGGGUCAACAAUGAAAUGAGGAGUGUUCUUGCACGAAAAGUAGGGAUUUCAGCAAAAGACUCAACUCUUGUGUGA